AUGUUUAGGCACUACUUAACGCUGCUCCUGCUUUUCACCUGCGCUUUUGCUACGAUCAUCCAAGAUCGUGCUGAUGCAAAAGAUAUACCACCCUCAGAGACCUCUCCGUCCCAGGCAACUCGUCCUGGAACAGUCAAAAACUGCGUUGCUUGGUUCCCUGCCAAGCGUGGCGACACGUGCGACAAGAUAGUGCAUUUGUUCAAUAUCUCUUUGCCAGAUUUCUUCAAAUGGAACCCAGACUUGGAUAAGAAUUGUGAGAAGAACCUGGGAAAACUACUCGUAUUGUGUGGGUGUUGGAAAACCGCCCAACCCUCCAGCUCCUCCCACUACCAGCACCAAAACUACCAGCUCACUGGUAGUGCCACCACUUCUACCACAUCGACUUCCUCUGGCUCAUCAACGUCUGGUGCGUCUGGUUCUUCUAGUCCUUUGAUUCCUUCUGGCUCGCCAACACCUUCCAGCUCUACCCACCUCGACCCCACUGGAUCAUACUCAACAACUAAUCCCAUCACGACGUACACCCCGCCUCCCCCUACUAGUAGGAAUGACACAUGGCCCCCAACACACACACAACCCGGGAAUCCGGAAGGGUGUAACAGAUGGCAUCGUGUUGCUGUUGGUGAUACCUGCGACACAAUUCAGGCUCGCUAUGCCGUAUGGGUGAGCCCUGAACAGCUACUAGAGUGGAAUCCAGGCCUUGCCGAGGACUGUGCAUUCCCCUUCGUCGGCUACUGGGUGUGCGUCGGCCAGCCACUAAAUACCACGUUCACCUACUACCCUCCUGAUAUUGGUACUACAACCACAGUGCCUGAGCCUACGAAUCACACAUCCACAGUAUUCCCCACAAAUUCAACCACUUGGAUGCCUUCUCCGACCCAAAAUGGACUCGCCAAAGACUGCCAGAAUUAUUACCAGGCCAAUAAGACUGAUACCUGCGCGACGAUAAUCGAGCGGUUCUACCACCUUACUGAGAAGAAGCUUCACGACUGGAAUCCCGGUUUGAAGUAUGAUUGCUCCGGAAUUUCAGCCGGCUACUAUUACUGCGUUGCAGCUUUUCCGAGGGGCCAAGAGCCUAUGCCACCAACAGUGACCACUGUGCCAUCCCCAAUCAGCACCGACACAGUCAAAGAAUGUACUGCUUGGUACAGGGCACGCGAACCAGAUACAUGUAUCUAUAUCUCUCUCAAGUUCGGCACCUUCUCGACAAAAGAGUUCAUCAGUUGGAACCCUUCUGUGCGCGAGGACUGUUCUUUAAUGCAGGUUGAUAAAUGGUAUUGCGUAGCAGUACCCGACACACCAACAACACGCACAGAGCCUUUCCCAACAGCGAUGCCAACUCUGUUCCCUCGCCAACCAAACAUUAUAGAAUCAUGCACUUGGUUCUGGCCUGUCUUGAAGGGUGAUACCUGCUCCAGCAUUAUCAAAAAGAAUGGAAUUACCCUCACACAAUUCACGGCCUGGAACCCCGACGUCGUUGACAAAUAG